AUGGCGCCUUUCAAUGCCUCAGAACGUAAAGCAAGUUCCUAUGCUGUUGUAGACUGUGAUCAAACAAGGAAGGAAGUUAGUGUCCGCACUGGAGGAGUGACAGAUAAGACAUCAAGAAAGACUUACACGUUUGAUAUGGUUUUUGGUGCCCAGGCGAAGCAGAUUGACGUGUACCGCAGUGUUGUGUGUCCCAUCCUGGAUGAAGUUAUUAUGGGCUACAACUGCACGGUGUUUGCUUAUGGCCAAACAGGUACUGGUAAGACCUUCACAAUGGAAGGGGAGCGGUCACCCAAUGAGGAAUAUACUUGGGAAGAGGAUCCACUAGCUGGUAUAAUACCCCGAACAUUGCAUCAAAUAUUUGAAAAACUUGCAGAGAAUGGUACUGAAUUUUCAGUGAAAGUCUCUCUUCUGGAAAUCUAUAAUGAGGAACUUUUUGAUCUUCUGAAUCCUACUCCUGAUGUUGGAGAAAGGCUGCAGAUGUUUGACGACCCUCGAAACAAGAGGGGUGUAAUUAUUAAAGGCUUGGAAGAAAUAACUGUACACAACAAAAAUGAAGUCUACCAAAUCCUGGAAAGGGGUGCUGCAAAAAGAACGACUGCAGCUACAUACAUGAAUGCAUAUUCCAGCCGUUCCCACUCCGUGUUUUCCAUUACCAUCCAUAUGAAAGAAACAACAGUAGAUGGAGAAGAACUUGUUAAAAUUGGGAAGCUAAACUUGGUUGAUCUUGCAGGAAGUGAGAACAUUGGUCGAUCUGGGGCAGUUGACAAAAGAGCUCGUGAAGCUGGAAAUAUCAACCAGUCUCUCCUGACCCUAGGAAGAGUUAUUACUGCUCUAGUAGAAAGAGCCCCACAUAUUCCAUACAGGGAAUCUAAACUCACAAGAAUCCUUCAAGACUCUCUUGGAGGACGAACAAAAACAUCAAUAAUUGCUACAGUUUCUCCUGCAUCUAUAAAUCUUGAGGAAACAUUGAGUACACUGGAAUAUGCUCACAGAGCAAAGAACAUAAUGAACAAGCCUGAAGUUAAUCAGAAGCUAACGAAAAAAGCUCUUAUUAAGGAAUACACUGAAGAGAUUGAGCGUCUGAAGCGUGACCUUGUUGCUGCACGAGAAAAAAAUGGAGUCUAUAUUUCCCUUGAAAAUUAUGAAGCCCUUAAUGGAAAGCUGACGAUUCAGGAAGAACAAAUUGCAGAGUAUAUUGACAAAAUUAGCGUUAUGGAGGAAGAAGUGAGAAGAAUCACUGAACUAUUCACAGCUAGUAAAAAUGAACUUGAACAGUGUAAAACGGAUCUGCAAAUCAAGGAGAAAGAACUGGAAGAAACACAAAAGGAUCUGCAAGAAACCAAGGUUCAUCUGGCUGAAGAAGAAUAUGUGGUUUCAGUUAUGGAAGACACCGAACAAAAACUUCAUGGCACAGCUAGCAAGUUACUUAGUACAGUUGAAGAAACUACAAAAGAUGUAUCUGGUCUCCAUGCAAAACUAGACCGUAAGAAGGCUGUUGAUCAACACAAUGCUAUCAUCCAAAAUACAUUUGCAGGACAAAUGAAUGCUUUGUUCAACAAAAUACAGGAUUCAGUUCAUGAAAACAGUUUGAAGCAGCAACAGAUGUUGUCAUCUUACACAAAUUUUAUAGGUGACCUUCUGUCUACCAGUUCUUCAGCAGCUAAUACUCUUACAUCGAUUGUAUCAGCAUCUUUUGCCUCUGUUAAAGAGUUGGUGUCUACUGAAGUUUCUCAAGUGUCUGAAAAAAUAACACAACAUGAGAAUCUGUCACUUGAUUUAAAAGCUGAGCUGCUGAGAUUAAUUGAAGAACAUACAUCUGGAUUAGGAAGAGCAUUAAAUAGUUUGACACCAAUGCUAGAAUUCAUCUUGGGGCUGAACUGUCAAUUUAAGAGUAGCAUGAAGAAAUAUUCUGCUGUGGUUGACAAGAUGGAGGAUCACAAAAAGGAAAUUGAUACCUUCUUUGGAGAUCUUUCUGUUACUCUGGAUAAACUACGAGAAGAAACAGACAGUGUUUUUGCUCAGCUGCAGAAUGAUUGUGAGAAUUUAAAACAAGAAAUGGAAAUGAUGAGUCUGGCACAUACGAAGAGCACAGCUGAAUUAAUGUCAUCACUGCAAAGCCAGCUUGACCUGUUCGCUCAGGAAACUCAGAAGAACCUAAAUAACGUACUAGCGAAAAAUGGAAGCCUGAGGACCAGCAUCACUUCUGUGCAAGAAAAUGUUCAUUUGAAAACUACAGACCUAGUCAGCAGUACAGCUUCCAAUCACAGCAAGUUUAUUGCAUCUCUGGAUAAUUUCUCCCAAGAGCUCAGGAUCAUAAAUGCUGAAAACAAGAUGAUGCUGAAAGAAUCCACUGGCCACUGUCAACAGCUGCUCAGCAAUCUAAAAAAUGUAUCUCAAGAUAGUGAUAAAUGGGCUGAAUGUACAAAUGCUCAGAUAGUCAGCUUUACCAAUCAGCAGUUAUCGUCCUUCGGUGAUGAGAAACGCCAACUUCAAUGUUUACAAAAGAAAAAUGAAGAAAACUGUGGUAAAGCAAGAGCUGAAAUUGCUGACUGUACUGGUAGACAAAAGGCUGCUGAGGAGAAGCUACUGAAUGGCCUUCUUGAUCAGAUAAAGGUUGAUCAGGAGAUACUUCUGGAGCAGAAGCUGGCACUUAAUGAGGAGGCACAGCAUGGACUGGCUCAGGUUAAUGGCUUCCUGCAAGAGGAUCUUAAAGUGGAUGUUCCAACAGGGACAACUCCACAGAGAAGAGACUAUUUCUAUCCAGUCACCCUUCUGAGAACAGAACCACGGGAAGUUCUACUGGAGCAAUUAAGGCAAAAGCAACUAAAUCUUGAUGGUAUGCUAAACAGUGUGACAAAUGCAGAUCAGAAGCUGUUGGAAGAGGCAGAAGGACUGGAAGAAUCCAGUGAAAGCUUUGUUAGUGACAAAUCCUUAGUGGAUAUAAACGUAUGCUGCCAUGAAAAUGCUGGCGUUCCUUUUUUCCAGCACAAAAGGAGCCACAAAAAGGAUAAGGAGAACAAAUCUGCAGCUACUGUGGAGAAGAACAAAAUGGAGGAUAUGACAGAACAGUUUCUUCCUAAAUCUAAACCACCUUUAAGAUCACUGAACUAA